GCAGUUAGAUCGCUGCAGACCGUCUUUCAUUUUGCUUUUAGUUUCUGGGUUCGAUCACUUGGACGCAACGAUGGCCAUUUGAAGAUUGGUGUGAUUUUAUUUUUCGAUAUUUCAUUGUUAUUUUUCCCAAAUCCAAUAAUGCAAUAUAUCAUGAAGCAAUGCUUUGAUAACGAUAGUGGACCGUUUGAAUAA